UGAAGUACCAAUAAUAUUACAUCAACAGUUAAACCCUGAAAACCUAGUCAAAUGGGGUAACUGAUCAAAGGUUCAUAAGACCAAGUUUUGUACGGAUGAGAAAAACCGUAAAAUACUCUAAAGUAAUCAUACCAAGAUAAAAUUAUAAUGUCACAUUCUCAUGGGGAUAAUUUUAACUAUAGCCAUUGUCAUGACUUGAGAAUGUAAGUUUGCCUAUUGAUCCGGAUGUCUGGUAGGUUUUUGUUUUGACCGACACCCUGACAUUUGACUUCAAUAUGAUGUUUGGUACUUCAGGCUUGCUCUAAUAUAUUCACCGGUUCUCUAAAGUUCAAUUGAAAUAAUCAUAGCUGGCUGCUUUAACGCGCAUUUUCAAAAUUUGAUCCAAUUCAACUAGUUCUUACGUCCAACCAUGCCAUUGCCAACCUUCUUUCUUGACUUUGUUGCUAAUCCAUAUCGUAAGAAAUAUGAAUUCACAUAAUGGAGGCCUGCAACUUCAACUCCGAAUAAUGAUUUGAACAAAAAGGGUAAUGUGCAGCAUGUAUAUUAAAUCCUCAACCAGUCUGUCGAUGCAUUUAACAAAUAAACAGUAUCAGCCAUAACUGAAGGCUAACACUAUAUAAAGGGUUAGGAUGCAUACUUUGCAAAUGCAAGCAUAGAGCAUAGCUCAUCUAAACAACCACUGGUGCUGCACACUGAUAGAAGAUGAGAACAUCGGCAGGGCCGAGGCACUGGCCUCGACUCAUCUAUGGAUUGGCAUUUUGUCUAAUUGCUAUCACUGUGGCUGGUGAUGAUUAUAACUAUAAGCCUUACUAUGCAUCCCAGCCAACCUAUUACUCUCCACCAGAGCAUGCAAAACACCCACCCCACCAUUACAAAAAACCUCCACAUGCACACAAAUCUCCACCUUCACCUUAUGUCUAUAAGUCACCACCACCUCCCUCUCCUUCACCACCACCUCCAUAUAUCUACAAGUCUCCUCCACCACCAUCCCCAUCACCACCCCCACCAUAUGUUUAUAAGUCUCCUCCACCUCCAUCUCCUUCACCACCCCCUCCAUACGUGUAUAAAUCUCCUCCACCUCCAUCCCCAUCACCACCCCCUCCUUACGUUUACAAGUCUCCACCACCUCCAUCCCCCUCACCUCCCCCUCCUUAUGUCUACAAGUCUCCACCACCUCCAUCCUCCUCACCUCCUCCACCAUAUGUGUACAAGUCUCCUCCUCCACCAUCUCCAUCACCUCCACCUCCUUAUGUCUACAAGUCCCCACCUCCACCAUCUCCAUCACCUCCCCCUCCUUAUGUUUACAAGUCUCCACCACCUCCAUCCCCCUCACCUCCCCCACCAUAUGUCUACAAGUCUCCUCCUCCACCCCCUUAUGUCUACAAAUCUCCCCCUCCACCAUCUCCAUCACCUCCACCUCCUUAUGUCUACAAGUCUCCACCACCUCCAUCCCCCUCACCUCCUCCACCAUAUAUUCACAAGUCUCCUCCAUAUGUCUACAAAUCUCCCCCUCCACCAUCUCCAUCACCUCCCCCUCCUUAUGUGUACAAGUCUCCACCACCUCCAUCCCCCUCGCCUCCUCCACCAUAUGUAUAUAAGUCUCCUCCUCCACCAUCUCCCUCACCUCCCCCUCCUUAUGUAUACAAGUCUCCACCACCUCCAUCCCCCUCACCUCCUCCACCAUAUAUUCACAAGUCUCCUUCAUACGUCUACAAAUCUCCCCCUCCACCAUCUCCAUCACCUCCCCCUCCUUAUGUCUACAAGUCCCCACCACCACCAUCUCCAUCACCACCCCCUCCAUAUAUUUAUAAGUCUCCUCCCCCACCAUCCCAUUCACCACCUCCUCCGUAUGUCUACAAGUCUCCACCACCACCAUUCCCAUCACCACCACCUCCUUAUGUCUAUAAAUCUCCACCACCUCCAUCCCCUUCACCUCCACCACCAUAUAUCUACAAGUCACCACCACCUCCAUCCCACUCGACUUCACCAUAUGUCCACAAGUCCCCAUACGUCUACAAAUCUCCUCCCCCUCCAUCUCCUUCACCUCCUCCUCCAUACGUGUACAAGUCUCCACCUCCACCUCCUCAUUAUGUUCACAAGUACCCGCCACAUCACCUACCUUACCUCUAUAACUCCCCACCGCCUCCUGCAGGCUAUUAAGUUAACUAAACCAGCUUAUAUCGUUUCAACAAAUUUAUGCAACACAUUGCUGCGAUUACUACUAAGACUUCGUCAAUAAUACAGGGUCUACACCGAAGAGCCUUUGUUAUGAAUGUAGCCCUGUUGUGUCAUUUAUUAUUGUCCAUUCAAAAGUUUGCUUAAUUUUAAAUUUUAUCAUAUCAUAUUAUAUACAUUAAUUUUGCUAAGUUUCCAUUUUGGCAUUUCCUUGUUUC